UGAGGUUUUAAUAAUGAUUGAAAAAACAGUUACCGAAAGAUGUCAAAAAGGUCGUUGGAGUACUGUGGAAGAUCUUAAGUUGACUGAAUAUGUAAACCGAAAUGGUCCAAGAAAUUGGAAAGAUGUUGCAAGUUAUGUGAAAACUCGAAAUCCUAAGCAAUAUCCAUUUGAUCGUAAAGAAGAAUUGGAGAUCAUUAGAUUACGUGAAGAAGAACAAUGCAGAUGGAGAGAUAUUGCAAAAAAAAUUGGAAACCGUAGAACUCCCAAUUCUAUUAAGAAUAUUUACAUGCAAAAACUAUCUAAAAGUUCAUACAGGCCAUUCAAAAUACAAAAUAAUACAAGAAGUUUCAAUAAAAAUAAAAGCACAAAACUAAAAAUUUCAGAUAUUACCAUUAAUAAAGAAAGAGGAUCUGUAAAGGAGGAAGAGAUGUGA